AUGACAGCUCGUCAAGAUUUAGUUUUAUUAGCUGCUGGAGUUUUUCUGCAUCUUCUUGACACUUUUUUCCUUUCAAUUCUGGGUUUGCACCUUCCACAUAGAGAAUUUCGAACUGGUUGUCUUCAAGUUUUAAUCUUACAGUUCUGUCAGGCCAGUUUAAAACCAAAUAAUGAAUUUAAUAAAUUAAUUGAAGCAGUUAUAAGUUCUGAUUUGGAACAGUUGCCUGAAAAUGAACCACUCCGAAGUUGGUACAUCAAUGCCGAUGCUAUCCCUCCGAUUGUGUUUAAUCAAUUUCCAUCUGAAUUUAAACAACUUCGUAUGAUUAAUAAAUAUAGAUUUAUUCUUCCUGAUGAUAUUAAAAUUUGGUUUGAAAAUAGUUGGGAGAUGAUUUAA